AUGCGAAAACGAGUCAAAUAUCUAACAAACUCAAACAAGGAUGCAUCUCCCUCUACCACUUCCCCAUCACCAUUAUCAAAAGUUGUUGAAAAACAAGUUCUUCCGUUGUCGCAGCUGCUGAGCUCAUCCUCGGUUAUUGUUCCACCCCACAAUAAUUUUCCUACAGCUAUAUCCGUUAAACAGGAGAAUCCUGAACCUUUGACUCAUCAUAUUGCCAUUGCACCAGCCCAGCAGCAUGUAACGUAUUGUCCAGUACAAGUAAACGAAACUAGUCAUCUAGCACCUGAAGUGAUACCAAUUAAUGAGCAUAAUGGAUUGGAAGCAAACAAUCCUCCUCAUCAUCAUGGAUUGGAAGCAAACAAUCCUCCUCGUCAUAAUGGAUUAGAAGCAAACAAUCCUCCUCGUCAUAAUGGAUUAGAAGCAAACAAUCCUCCUCAUCAUAAUGGAUUAGAAGCAAACAAUCCUCCUCAUCAUAAUGGCUUAGAAGCAAACAAUCCUCCUCAUUUUGAUUCUAAUGAUAUUACACUUAGCCCCGCCAAGAUUUUGGAGGCAGACUUGCAAUUUCAUACAAACACUAUGCUUGAUACAACCACAGAUGUGUUGAAUAAGCUAUUGAACGACCAUUAUUAUGAAAGUGACGGCUUUUUGCAAUCGGGUCAAGAACUGACACCUUUCACCCAGUCUAAUACUACUAAUACUAAUGCUAAUACUACUAAUACUACUACUACCCUGACAGCAUUACCUGUACAACACAACUUCAGCAGUAACAACAAUAAUAUUCAUUUCAAUUCUAAUUACCUCAAUGAAGAGUACCUAAUGUUGGGUGAUAUCAUACUCCAUUCCAAACCAUCUUCACCAUCGCCUUCAAAUACAAGUGCUUCCGAGUACAAUACAGUAUCUCCUUCGUAUAUUCGUAAUGUUGAUAUUAACAAUUUUCACCAGUCUAAAAGGAAAGUUGUUCAGAAACUAAAGGACUCGCGUCCUUUCAUUUCUUUGGGAUUCUCAAAGGAUUCUUCAAUGAGUUUGGAUAAUUUAAAUAAUAUGGCAAAUCAAACAGAUAACUUGUUGGAUAAUAAUGUAACUUCAAGAGGAGCCAAUACUGUGCCUAAAAACAAUGCAGGCUUGUCAAAAACCAACCCUAUUAUUGAUUUUGGCGCAAAGUACUCAAUGGAUUAUGUUUCACCCUUGACCACCCAUCAUAUUUAUCAAACUGUUUCGGAUAUUUAUUCCAAAGAAGUUUUAAACUUUGAGUACCCCAAUUCCUACCAUGCUUUAACGCACUUUUUAAAGAAGCGUUUUCUGGGGAACCAACUUUCACCAGAAGAAAAAGCACAAAAAAGACAAAAUCUAUUGGUAAUUCUUAAACUAAUUGCAAGCUAUAGACCUACAUUUAUAAGUGCUCACAAAUCAUUAUUGAAGCCCCAAGACUUGCUUUUUUUAGAAAUGAGUUUCCAGCGGUGCUUGAUCGACUAUGAGAAACUAAGUCAGCUUAAUUCUUCACCGACUAUUAUUUGGCGUCGAACUGGAGAAAUUGUAAGUAUUACCGAUGAUCUUUUGAGCCUAUUGGGAUACAAGCUUCUGGACAUUUUGUCGAAAAGAACAUUUAUUAUGGAAAUCAUGUAUGAUGAUGAGUCAAUUGUAAAGUAUUUCCAGUUAUUCAAGUCUGUUGCAGUAGGAAACUUGCAUUCGAGUAUAAGUACGAAAAUAAAAUUGAUCAAAAACCAUAAUGAGAAAGGAAUUCAUAAAGAGGGAGAACAAGAACAUGCCCAAUCGAAAGAAGAGGAAGGAGAAGACCGUGACUCAUUUGUAUACAACGUUGGGACUAAUGAAUAUAUCGAAUUUUGUUCGGUCUGGACCGUAAAAAGAGAUUUGUUUGAUAUUCCGAUGUUGAUAAUAGGACAGUUUCUACCAAUAUUUCCCGCAGGCGACGGUGUACGUAUUUACUGA